CGAAGAGCCUCUGGUGGGGGGGGGGGGGCGAUGGGGGAGCGGCCAAGAACGGCUUGGUCCUGAAGAUGCCUCCCGAGGAAGAGGAGGAGGAGGAAGAGGAUGAGGAAGGAGGCCCCAAGGAAGCCAAACGCGUCCUCGGGGGGGGGGCCCGAGGAGGAUUUGGGGGGCUCCGGGGGGGGCGGCAGCCCCCCCAAGUUCACAGGGCUGGGCAAGGAGGAGCUGCUGCGGGCGGCCGCGGCCCCGCCCUGGAGGAAGGCUCGGACCUGCCUCCUCCUCCUCUUCUGGCUGGGCUGGGUGGGCAUGCUGGGGGCCGCCGCUGCCAUCGUGGCCAAGGCCCCCUCCUGCCGGCCCCUCCCCCCCCAGCACUGGUGGCAGCAGGGGGCGCUCUACAGGGCACCCCCAAAGCAGUUCGGGGGGGACCUGAAAGGGGUCGCAGCCCGCCUGGAGCACGUGGCCAGCCUGGGGGCUCGAGGCCUGAUCCUGGGCCCCCUGCACCCCCAGAACGCCUCUGGGGGGGGGGAGGGCUCCAGGCUGCCCCCCCUGGAGCAGCUGGAGCCAAGCUUGGGGUCCCUGCAGGACUUCGGGGAGCUGCUGCAGGCUGCCAAGAGGAAAGGGCUGCAGGUGCUGGUGGACCUUACCCCUACGUUUGGGGAGGGGAAGGUCUGGGGGGGCCUGGCUGAGGACCCCCAGUUCAAGGAACACAUGAAGGGGGCGCUCAGCGCAUGGCUGCAGAGGGGAGUUGGAGGCUUCCUGCUGGAUGGCAUCGAGGAGCUGCCGCUCUCUCUUGUCUCUGAGUGGCAAAACCUGACCCAGGCCCAGCCCAGCCCCCAGGGGGGCUCCAGGGUGCUGCUGGGGGGUAGUCGCCUGCAGACCCUCCGUGAGCUGCAGCAGCUGCUGGAGACCCUGGGCGGGGCUGGGGGGGGUCCCCUCCUGGGUCGCUUCCAGGAGGCUUUGGGGGACACCCCAGGACCCCUCCUGGUUCCCCAACUGCUGAGUCUGCUGGAGCCAGGAGUGCCUCUGGUCUGGAGUGUGGGCUCCCCCUGGCGGCACCUGGCAGGGUUGGACCACCUGCGAGCCCCCCAAACGCUGCUGCUGCUCUGGACCCUGCCUGGGACCCCUGCCCUCAGCUACGGGGAUGAGAUAGGCCUGCAGGACCCCCCUGGAGCACCCCGGCCCGGACAGCUGUCGCCGAUGCCUUGGGAGCGGCUGCAGGAGGAGGAGGAGGAGGCGGAGCCCUCGCAGGCACUCCAGACCCCCCCGCAGCUGCUGUCGCUGUGCCGCCAGCUGGGGGCGCUGCGCUCCGCGGAGCGGUCGCUGGCGCUGGGCGCGGCGGAGCCGCUGCAGGCCGGGCCCGGGGCCGCUGCGUUCCUGCGCCGCUGGGAGCAGAGCGAAAGCUUCCUGGUGCUGCUCAACACGGGGGGGGACAGCCUGAGCGCCCUGCCCCUCCGCGACCCCCGCCUGCCCCCCACCCUCACCCUGCGCCUCAGCACGCACCGCGCCCUGCCCCCCGACCCCCGCCUGCCGCUGGCGGCGCUGCAGCUGGGCCCCUACGAGGGGCUGCUGCUCAGCUUCCCGCACCAGCCCUAGGCGCCCCCCGCGACCCCCAGAGACUGUCCCAGAGACUGUCCCCUAGAUCCCUAGAGACCCCCCCGGAGACCCCCAGAGACCCCCCCUGGAGACUCCCCAGAGACUCCCCCCUAGGGACCACCCUGCACAGACCUCCCCACAGACUGCUAGGGACCACCCCAGAGACCACCCCACAGAUCCCUAGGGACCACCCCCUAGGGGCUCCCCCAGAGACCCUCCCCCCUACACUCCUAGAAACUCCCCCCCAGAGACCCUCCCCACUCACACCCUCUAGAGACUUCCCCCCUAAUUGGAUCCCUUCCCCCUUCCAUGCCACCCCCAGCACCCCAAGACCAUUGAGACCCCUCCCCAUAACAGGAUCAGAUCCCCCUCCCCCCCAGCCACCCCCCUGAACCCUGAGACACUUCAGACCCUUGCUGGGACCCCUCCUCACUAUUGGGGUCCCCUCCCCACAGUUGAGGUCCCUCCGUUGUGUCCCCCCCCUCACUAUUGGGGUCUCCCCCCUCCCCAGCACACAGAAGUGGCCUUAAACCCUCCCCCAUACCUCCCCAGCACCCACAUCUUUUUGGGGGAGGUCCCCGAGGGGGACCCCCACUCCUCUCACCCCCUUUUGGAGGUAGGGACCCUCAUAACACUUCCCCCCCACCACCACUGACGUUUGGGGUGGGGGAGGAGAUUCCCACCCCCUCCCCAGUCCUCCACACUCCAUUCUCGGGGGGGGGCAGUGUUGGGGGUCCCUGGGGUAGGGGUCUCCAGAGGGGUCUUUGAGGGGUGUUUCCCCCCCACCCACUUUGUAUUAAAUCAGCUGCAUUUGG